AUGUCUACCGCCACUGCAAGAUCUACUGUGCCAUUCUCCAGAGAAUCCUUGGAGCUGGUUUUGAAGAGACGUUUCUUCUUUGCUCCAUCCUUUGAUAUCUAUGGAGGUGUUUCUGGGUUAUAUGAUUAUGGUCCACCAGGUUGUGCUUUCCAAGCCAACAUUGUUGACACCUGGAGAAAGCACUUUAUUUUAGAAGAAGACAUGUUGGAAGUUGAUUGUACCAUGUUAACACCUCAUGAUGUUUUGAAGACCUCAGGUCAUGUUGACAAGUUCUCUGACUGGAUGGUUAGAGACUUGAAGACCGGGGAAAUCUUUAGAGCAGAUCAUUUGGUUGAGGAAGUGUUUGAAGCAAGAUUAAAAGGUGAUAAGGCUGCCAGAGGUGUUGCUACUGAAGCCAAGGAAGACGAAGAUAAGAAAAAGAGAAAGAAGAAGGUUAAGGAAAUCCAGAACAUUAAGUUGGAUGAUGAUGUUGUUACUGAAUAUGAAUCUAUUUUGGCUCAAAUCGAUGGUUACUCUGGUCCUCAAUUAGGUGAAUUAAUCGUUAAACACAACAUUACUAACCCUGCUAACGGAAAUGCUUUAUCUCCUCCAGUUGAGUUCAACUUGAUGUUUGAAACCGCAAUUGGUCCUUCUGGUCAAUUGAAGGGUUACUUAAGACCAGAGACUGCUCAAGGUCAAUUUUUGAACUUUGCUAAGUUGUUGGAUUUCAAUAAUGAAAAGAUGCCGUUUGCUUCUGCUUCCAUUGGUAAGUCUUUCAGAAACGAAAUUUCUCCUAGAGCUGGUUUGUUAAGAGUUAGAGAAUUUUUGAUGGCUGAAAUCGAACAUUAUGUUGACCCUGAAGACAAGUCCCACCCAAGAUUCGAAGAAAUCAAAGACAUCAAGUUGAAGUUUUUGCCCAAGAAUAUCCAAGAAUCUGGUUCCAAUGAAUUAUCGGAAGUUACAGUUGGCGAAGCCGUUGCUUCAGGAAUGGUUGACAACCAAACUUUGGGUUACUUUAUUGCUAGAAUUUACUUGUUCUUGAUUAAGAUCGGUGUUGACAAGAACAGAUUAAGAUUUAGACAACAUAUGUCCAACGAAAUGGCUCAUUACGCUGCUGAUUGUUGGGAUGCUGAAUUGCAAUCCUCAUAUGGUUGGAUUGAAUGUGUUGGUUGUGCCGAUAGAUCUGCUUAUGAUUUAAGUGUUCAUUCUGCUAAGACUAACGAAAAGUUGGUUGUUAGACAACCAUUGGCUGAACCAAAGGUUGUUGAAGAGUUUGACGUUGAAAUUGCAAAGAAGAAAUUUGGUCCAAAGUUUAGAAAGGAUGCUGGUGCUGUUGAAAAGUGGUUGUUGACCAGAACCCAAUGUGAAUUGGAAGAUUUGGCUACAGAAUUGAAGGACAACGGUAAGAUCACUUUCUCUGUUGAAGGUGUUGAAGGAAAGAUUGAAUUGGACACAGAAUUUGUUAACAUUGAAAAGAAGAGCAAGUCUGUUCACAUUCGUGAAUUUACUCCUAAUGUCAUUGAACCAUCUUUCGGUAUUGGUCGUAUCAUCUACUCCAUUUUUGAACAUCAAUUCUGGGCUAGACCUGAAGAUGCUGACAGAGGAGUUUUAUCAUUGCCUCCUUUAGUUGCUCCCACCAAGGCCUUGUUGGUUCCAUUAUCCAACAGUGCUGAAUUACGUCCUGUUGUUAAGAAGGUUUCUGAAUAUUUGAGAUCUGAAAAGGUUCCCUUCAAGGUUGAUGAUUCUUCUGCUUCUAUUGGUAAGAGAUAUGCCAGAAAUGAUGAAUUGGGUACUCCAUUUGGUAUCACCAUUGAUUUCGACUCUGUUAAGGAUGAAUCCGUCACCUUAAGAGAAAGAGACUCCACUAAACAAGUUAGAGGUUCUUAUGUCCAAGUUAUUGAUGCAAUUAAGGCCAUUACCUAUGAAGGUGCAUCUUGGGCCGAGGCUACUGCCAAACUCACUCCCUUUGAAAGUCAAUCUGGGGAUGCUUAG